GAGUAGCGUCCUCGUACAGUUUUUGUUUUGAGGAUUGAUUCUGGUCCGUUAAGGAAAGCGACCUUGCGAUUGUCAUCAUACCGGUACAAAAAGAUUGGAAAAGAGAAGCAUUGGCAGCCCCUACUCAAGGAGGUUCCAAGACCACCUCAAACAGUUUUGCGGAUAUCAAAAGCCGACCAACUCUGAACGCGAAACCUUGAAAAAAUGUCUGGAUUCGGCGGAAGUGGCUUCGGCGGAGGCAACAGGAAUAACAACAGAAACAAUAACAAUAACUCGUGGGGAGGAAAAGGUGGAAGAAACAAUAACUCAUGGGGAGGGCAUGGAGGAGGCCGUAACAGUGGGCGCGGUGGGCGCCAUAGCGGGCGCGGGGGGCGAUCGGGUGGCCGUGGUGGGCGAUCGGGUGGACGAGGCCCGAGUGGGUUGAUCAAAAUUUGUGGUUUCUAUACGAAAAGAGAUGAUUGCAGUCGCGUUAGCUGUCAACAUGCACACGUGAUAAAAUUGCAUGCCAAAAUUGACGCAACCGGUAAAAUCAACAACAACAACAAUAACAACAACGGAUUCUCGAAGGGCGGCGACUGCCAUGCCGUUACUUCGGUCGCAAUUUGGGAGACCGGUGGCAAUGUAAAAAUUUUCACCGGCGGAAAAGACGGAUUCUGGAGGCUCUGGAGCUUCAACGCAAGAACCAACCAGUUUGACCAAGAGUUCGAACACCAAAUGGGAGGACCUGUCGAAACCCUGGUAGUUGCUUCCAAUUACUUGUUUUGUGGUUUCGAUGGUAUUUCGAAAGCUCUGCCCGAAAUCUCCGUAGGGAUGGUCCAUGCUUGGAAUCUAGCAAGCCCGAACGAUCCGCCACUUGAGUUCCACAUGCAGCCCAACCUUAUCCCAUAUGCCCACCCCUCGGCCGUUAAAAAACUCUUGGUGAUAGGUCAAAAGGUCAUCAGCGGGUCCGUGGAUGGUUCGAUUAAAUUGUGGACGUUUCAACCCCCUUCGGCGGAGCAUCCAAAGGGAGCAUUCGUCCUGACUCAAAAUCUUUUGGGGCACGCGAGAGAAAUUUCUGGGCUGGUGGACGUUGGAUCGAUGCUGUGGUCCUGUAGCACGGACGGGUCGAUUCGGUUAUGGGACAUGGCGAAACCAGGAGCACCUUGCCAACACUUCAUCAGCAUGUCUUCACCAGCGAGUGGUGGUAACGACAACAGUGGACCAGGCCAUACCAACGCCGUCACGGGAUUGGAAAAAUUCAAAAGCUCCGCAGGAGAUUUUGUCCUGAGCUGUUCGUUGGAUGGAACUGUCAAGGCGUGGAAUGGAGGAACUGGACAAUGUGUGGCCAGCGAGAGCCACGAAGAUGGAGUUGUCAGCAUGUCGAUGAUUGGUGAUAUGAACGGCAAACCAUGUUUAUUGCUGGGUUGUGAAUCCGGCAUGAUGUAUAUUCGAAACCUCGAACCAACAGCCAAAAUCCAACAAGCUUUUGCUGGUCUGAUUAUUCUCCACGAGUUCGUUGCGGUUGUCCAUUAUGGUGCUGUGAAAAGCUUAUGUAAAGGCCCCGCCGGAACCUUCUACACGGGCGGAGAGGAUGGCAAGGUGUUGGUGUAUCAGAUAACAGGCGAUCUUGGUUUGUGAGCCACGUCUACUGCCAUGGAAAGGCAUGCAUUUGCCGCAUUAUUUAAACGAUGGAAUAAUUCAGUGGAAAAAUGGAACACUGCUAAUGAGUUACUCUAGGAAUGCUUGAACUAACAAAAUAUGUAUUUUUUA